GGCAGCUCGGCCGGCCGCGGGCAGCAUGAUCGGGCUCUGCCUCUCCUGCCUGCUCUGGCCCCAGGAUCUGGAGGCCCCCCCAGAACACACUUUUGAGAUGACGAGCUUCAAGAAGGUGAAGGCAUGUGGGAUCUGCCGGCAGGCCAUCACACGCCAGGGCAGCACCUGCCGAGGCUGCAAGCUCUCCUGCCACACCAAGUGCCAAGCCAAGGCUGUGACCCCCUGCUCUGCUGCUGUCAACUAUGAGCUGCCAUCUGUGGGAGAGAGCAUCAGGAAGCAGGUAGACACCCUGGAUGCCACGAAAUCCCCCAGGAGUGGGCAGUCACGCCGCAAAGCAUCCAGGAGCAUGAGCCUGACAGCAGCCGUGGAGAGCAGCUGCGAGCUGGACCUGGUGUACAUCACGGAGCGGAUCAUCGCUGUCUCCUACCCCAGCACAGCUGAGGAGCAGAGCUUCUGCAGCAACCUCCGAGAGGUGGCCCACAUGCUGAAGUCCAAGCAUGGGGACAACUAUGUGCUCUUCAACCUCUCUGAGCGAAGAAAUGAUAUCAGCAAACUUCACCCCAAGGUGCUGGAUUUUGGGUGGCCUGACCUGCACACCCCAGCGCUGGAGAAGAUCUGCAGCAUUUGCAAAGCCAUGGACACGUGGCUCAAUGCGGUGCCACACAAUGCGGUGGUGCUGCACAACAAGGGGAACCGUGGCCGGCUGGGGGUGGUGGUGGCUGCCUACAUGCACUACAGCAACAUCUCAGCCAGUGCCAACCAGGCUCUGGACAGAUUUGCCAUGAAGCGCUUCUAUGAGGACAAGAUAGUGCCUGUGGGACAGCCAUCCCAGAAGAGGUACAUCCAUUACUUCAGUGGGCUCCUCUCUGGCAGCAUCAAGAUGAACAAUAAGCCCCUCUUUCUCCACCAUGUCAUCAUGCACGGCAUCCCCAACUUCGAGUCCAAAGGUGGUUGUCGGCCCUUCCUGAAAAUCUACCAGGCCAUGCAGCCCGUCUACACCUCAGGGAUCUACAAUGUGCAAGGAGACAGCCAGACGGGCAUCUGCAUCACCAUCGAGCCUGGCUUGCUCCUCAAGGGUGAUAUCUUGCUGAAGUGUUACCACAAGAAGUUCCGCAGCCCAACCCGGGAUGUGAUUUUCCGUGUGCAGUUCCACACGUGUGCUGUGCAUGACCUCGAUGUCGUCUUUGGCAAGGAGGACCUGGACGAGGCCUUCAGAGAUGACCGUUUCCCCGAGUAUGGGAAGGUGGAGUUCGUGUUCUCCUACGGCCCUGAGAAGAUCCAAGGCAUGGAGCACCUGGAGAACGGGCCCAGCGUUUCCGUGGACUAUAACACGUCUGACCCACUCAUCCGGUGGGACUCCUAUGAGAACUUCAACGUCCAGCGCGAGGAGAGCGCAGAGGGCACCUGGGCUGAGCCACCCCUGCCGGGCAAGCACCUGGAGAAAGAGGUUGGGCACACGCAAGGGCCCCUGGACGGGAGCCUCUACGCUAAAGUGAAGAAGAAAGAUUCCUUGCACGGCAGCACUGGUGCCGUCAACGCCGCCCGCCUCCUGCUCUCGGCAGCGCCCAACCACGUUGAGCACACCCUCUCGGUGAGCAGCGAUUCGGGCAACUCCACCGCCUCCACCAAGACUGACCGGACCGAUGAACCCGGGGUGCCCGCGGCGCCCGGCAGCCAGGCAGUGCUGAGCCCCGAGGAGAAGCGGGAGCUGGAUCGUCUCCUUGUUGGCUUCGGCUUGGAGAGCGCACCGCCCAUGCACAACCACGUGCCUGGCCCUGUACCGGUGCGCCUGCCCACCAUGCCGGGCCGCCAUGUAGUGCCGGCUCAGGUGCAUGUCAAUGGGAAUGCUGCAGCUCUGGUGGCUGACCGGGAGACAGAUAUCUUGGAUGAUGAGCUACCCAACCAGGAUGGGCACAGUGUGGGCAGCCUGGGCACUCUUUCCUCCUUGGAUGGCACCACCACCACCAGUGAGGCUGGCUACCAAGAGGCACCCCGGGUGGGCAGCCUCUCCUCCCUACCCAAUGGCCCUACAAGCUGCAAUGGGGCUGAGAAGCUGCUGAAGGAUGGGCUGUAUGAUGGCGAGCUGCUCUCCAAUGGUGGCUACUCCUACAACAACCAGAAUGCCCUCAUGGGCCACCACAUCCGCGACCCACUGCCACCCUUGCGGUCCUCAGCAUCUGCUCAGGAGCACCUGGCUGGCUACCCACAGCGCCCACAGGUCUCCCACACCCUGGGCUGGCACCAACCUCAUCCACUGCCUGGAUCCCAGCCCUACCUGUACAGCUAUGACCCCCCCGGCACCUAUCGCUCCCGGUCCUUCCCAGCGGUAGACGCAGUCAAGUACGACACGACCCCAGUGCUGCCCCAGGCGCCGGCUCGCAGCACCAGCAGCCGGGAAGCCGUGCAGAGGGGCUUGAAUUCCUGGCAGCAGCAAGGAGGGAGCCGGCCACCUUCCCGGCUGCAGGAGGGUGGCAUGGAGAGCCACAGCCCCAGCGUGUCCAGCUGCAGCCCCCAGCCCAGCCCACUGCAGCUGGUGCCCCCCCACAGCCACAGCAUGCCCGAGUUCCCCCGGGCGCCCUCCCGCCGGGAGAUUGAGCAGUCCAUUGAAGCCCUUGAUGUCCUCAUGCUGGACCUCGCGCCUGCCGUCCACAAGUCUCAGAGUGUGCCUGCUGCCUCCCGCCAGGACAAGCCAGCGGGACCCCUGCGCUCCUCCCAUCUGGCACAACCCGGUGCCGGUGUCUAUGCCCGACCAGCUCCGCAGGUGGCCCAGCCGAGGUCCUUCGGCACCUCUGUGAGCCCUGUGGUGUCCGAGCCUGUGGUUAAAGCCUAUUCUCCAGGGGAGUUGGACUAUAGGGUGCAUGAGUACCGGGAGACCUAUUCGCCUUACAACUACCAGCCGGCGCCGAUGCCAGAGCUGAGGAGCUACAGUCAUGCCCCAGCCGGGUCACCCAUGGGCAUCCACCCGCUCAGCACUUCCUACAGCCCCGUGGGGUCUCAGCAGCUCCUCGUCUCCUCCCCGCCUUCCCCCACCGUCCCAGCCCAAACCCAGAUGCCCCUCAAGGCACCAGAGAGCUAUGAAGACCUGUCGAGGUCAGGAGAAGAGCCCUUGAAUCUGGAGGGCCUGGUGGCCCACAGGGUGGCAGGGGUACAGUCCCAGGAGAAGCCCCCGGAGGAGAGUGUGGUCCCUGCCUGCAAGCAGACCCCCAGUGACAUCCACUAUGAGAAGAGUUCCCCAGAGCCCAGCUCGCCCCGCAGCCCCACCGUCCUCUCACCUGAGGUGGUCAGCACCAUCGCGGCCAACCCUGGAGGGAGGCCCAAAGAGCCUCACCUCCACAGCUACAAAGAAGCCUUUGAAGAGAUAGAGGGUGCCUCCCCCACCAGCCCACCCUCCAGCGGUGUGCGCUCUCCCCCUGGCUUGGCCAAGACCCCGCUCUCAGCACUGGGGCUGAAACCCCACAACCCAGCUGAGAUCCUGCUGCAUCCAGUGGGAGAGCCCAGGAGCUACGUUGAGUCCGUGGCACGCACAGCCACGACAGGCAGGGGAGGGAGCCUACCCACCACCCAGCCCGUGGGCACAGAGGUGCCCACCAGGAACGGCACCUUCAACAACUCCUUCACUGCCCCCAGCCCUGUCUCCACCAGCAGCCCCAUUCACAGUGUGGACGGGACCUCCCUCCGCAGCUACCCCUCAGAUGGCAGCCCCCAUGGCACGGUUACACCUCCCCAUGCAUCAGUCGAGCCUGUUUACCGGUCACCUGUCAGCUCUCAGAUGCCUUCUGCUCACAGCAGCUACCAAAACUCAUCUCCAUCUUCCUUUGCAAUGGUCCAAGGUGGGGGCCCGGGCUCGUCGUACUCCAGCCCUGACUACCCUGAUAGCCGUGCUGCCCUCCAGCCAGACCCCCAAGCUCAUCCGCAGCCACAGGUCAAUGUGGUAGGAGUUCAUGUCCUGCCAGGGAGCCCUCGCUCCCUGCACCGGACAGUGGCUACCAACACACCACCCAGCCCCGGCUUCGGGCGAAGAGCCAUCAAUCCUGGCAUGAGCGGCGCUCCUGGCAGCCCCGGGCUGGGCAGACAUGCUGUGGCAGCCCAUGGCAACCUGGUGGCCUCACCGGGGAGCCCCAGCCUGGUCAGGCAUCAAACUGCAGCUGUCCCACCUGGCAGCCCCUUGUAUGGCUACCCCAGCCCAGAUGAGAGGCGCCCAACGCUGUCCCGGCAGAGCAGCUCCUCUGGCUACCAGCCUCCCUCCACGCCAUCCUUCCCUGUCUCGCCGGCAUACUACCCUGGCACGAGCACACCGCACUCCUCCUCCCCAGACUCGGCUGCGUACCACCAGGGCAGCCCCACGCCGCAGCCUGCGCUGCCUGAGAAGCGGCGGAUGUCGGCCGGGGACCGCUCCAACAGCCUCCCCAACUACGCCACUGUCAAUGGCAAGGCAUCCUCGCCCCUCUCCAGUGGCAUGUCCAGCCCCAGCGGUGGGAGUGCUGUCACCUUCCAUACCCUGCCGGACUUCUCCAAGUUCUCCAUGCCAGACAUCAGCCCUGAGACUCGUGCCAAUGUCAAGUUUGUGCAGGACACUUCCAAGUACUGGUACAAACCGGAGAUCUCCAGGGAGCAGGCCAUUGCAUUGCUGAAGGACAGGGAGCCAGGGGCUUUCAUCAUCCGAGACAGCCACUCCUUCCGGGGAGCCUACGGCCUUGCCAUGAAAGUAGCUUCUCCACCUCCCACGGUCAUGCAGCAGAACAAGAAAGGAGACAUCACCAAUGAGCUGGUGAGACAUUUCCUCAUCGAGACCAGCCCGCGGGGUGUAAAACUAAAAGGGUGCCCCAACGAGCCCAAUUUUGGCUGUCUCUCAGCUCUGGUGUACCAGCACUCCAUCAUGCCCUUGGCCUUGCCCUGCAAGCUGGUAAUUCCUGACCGAGAUCCCAUGGAGGAAAAGAAAGACACCACGUCAGCCACCAACUCAUCCACAGACCUCCUCAAACAGGGCGCAGCCUGCAAUGUCCUCUUCAUCAACUCAGUGGAGAUGGAGUCACUGACAGGCCCCCAGGCCAUUGCAAAGGCUGUAGCUGAAACACUGGUGGCCGACCCGACACCCACUGCUACCAUUGUCCACUUCAAAGUCUCUGCACAAGGCAUCACCUUAACUGACAACCAAAGGAAAUUGUUCUUCCGACGACACUACCCCCUCAACACCGUCACCUUCUGCAACCUGGACCCCCAGGAACGAAAGUGGACUAAAACUGAUGGCAGCGGCCCAGCCAAGCUCUUUGGCUUUGUGGCCAGGAAGCAAGGGAGCACCACAGACAACAUCUGCCAUCUCUUUGCUGAGCUGGACCCAGACCAGCCGGCUGCAGCCAUUGUUAACUUUGUCUCCAGGGUCAUGCUUGGCUCCAGCCAGAAAAGAUGAGCUGGUGCUUGCGGGUGAUUCUUGAAUUUUGGAGAAGGACUUGGAGCUGAUCCGAGAAGGAGUGUGAGGAAGUGCAUUGUGGGAGAGGGAAGUGAAUUGGGGGGAAAAAAAAAGGGUUGGAAUCCUGGAGGAAAACAGCAAGCCAAUGGAGCCCCUAAAAACACAAGCCAAACACACACAUAGAGGAACCAAAACCACGCACCUAUGUAAGAGAGCCACAAAGUCACGCCAGACAGGAUGCAUGUCCCACUGCAGGGAAGGUGACCAAAGAGAAGGCUUUUGGCGUAAUGGUCCUGACAUCCACUUGAGACUAAAUGCAAGACCGUGACUGGUUGCUUUCCAUCUGGGGAAAAAUAGACAACCGGCAAAACCCAUGCUUCAUCCCCACAGCUCCAUCAGCGAACACCUGCUUUGUGUUUGAAAUGACCCGUAGGAGAUAACAACAAACCUGGGUCUGUGGGACACCAGAGAUGAUGCUCUCAGAAGCCUUCCCUUGCCCGGCUGCAGUGGAGGGUCCUCACUUACCCAUUCGGUUCUCCUGAAACCUGCUGGUAGCCUGGCAAGUUGCUGGGGCUGUGAGGGGGCUUGGUCUUGAUCCAUCCUGUCCCUUGGGAGCUUAGCCAUGGGCUGACCUCCAUUGCUGACCCAGAGCCCAGCGCAGGUGAGCUGCUGUGAGCCCAUCCGGAGAGGGGGGCACGGCACCUCCCCACCUCCCCAGGGUGCUUGUGCCUGCCGCCUGUGAGGAGGUCCUGGGGGACUCCUGUUGCCCCAUGCCUGGGGAAGGCAGAUACUCCACAGGAGCCUCCCCAUAGGAUGCACUAAUCCUUUUCCAUCACUAGUCCUCUUUGGCAGUUUUCUCCUGCGGCCUGUCACACGUUAACACAAAACCCAAACAAAAGAGAAAGGAAAGAAAAACAGUGUAAUAAUAAUAAUAAUUAUAAUAAUAGUGGAUGCUAGCACAGGUGGGUUCCCUGUGCAAAGCAGCUGACCCGUGGCUAUCUCUUUGAAGACACGCAAGCGGUUUUUAAAUUGCAUGGACGUUCAAGUUGCACGAAAGGCGAAUGACGACAAGUAACUCAGGCGCUUUUUUCUCCUUUUAUUUUGGAGGCCACGUUAAAAAAAAGAAAAAGAAGGAAGAAAAUUAAAAAAAAAAAAGAAGGAAAGGACCUGCAGUUGCUGGGUAACUUUGGCUUAGUGGGGAGGUAACAGGUCCUCCGAGAGCCACCCUGCUUGGCACGCAUGUAACCCCAAAACCAUCUGGCUGGAGGCUCAUGCCCCUGAGUGCACUGUAGUUUUGCAGUGGCUUAAGUACUGUCAGCUUUUCCCUUUGCUUUGGGAGGUGAGGAGGGUCAGUCAGGGAGCAAGAGAGAUGGAGGGCCCCUGUACUGCUGUGGAGGGGGGAAACAUGGUUGAGGGCAGCAGGUGGAUGUCCCAGCCCAUGGAGCUGGGGAGGGGUCAGAGGAUGCUUCAGUUGCAUGUGCAGGUUUGGGGCUGCAGGAACGUUCUGGCUGGAGCUGGAGGGUCAUUGCUGAGCCCUCUGCUGCAAAUAUCCCCCUCGCCUCCACCUUCCUUCAAGAGUGUUUUGGGAGAAGUUUUCAGUGCAAAGUGGCCCAGAUAGUCUACUGGGGCCAAAAACUAGAAACGUAGCACUGCAGCUCCUCCACACCGGAGUUUUUCUCCUUUGGAACACCCUUUGCCUUGAUAGCUGUAAUAUAUAUAUACAAGCUAUAGUGAUGACAUACUGUAAGCUAAUGAAAUUUUAAGGAGGAAAAAAAGGUUAAAUUCACACUCCAAAAAUAUUUAUUUUUGCCAUAUUGCUUUCUGUGCAUCCUAUCUCCCCCAUUAUAUCCGCCCCCUUCCCCUGCCCUGGGGAAACACCUGCACGUUUAAAGAAAAUCCAGAGCAAGGCAAAAUACAGAUGGGGGAAGAGGCACGGGGCCCCCCUCCUGAGUCGGGGAGGCGUGCGUGUGACCAGCGUGCAUGUACGUGUGCAUGUGUGUGUGUGCGUGGGGGAAUGAGUGGUGCGGGUGCCCGAACGGAGGCUGUUCUGAUGUACUGGAGCAAACCUGAGAGGAUGCGUAGUGAGGAGUUGGUUGUGAGACGGUGGCGGGAUGGGGGUCCCAGGGAGGUUUUCCCCUCCCCAGCUCCCUGUCCGCAUGGAUGUGGAGACCUUUUCAUUUCCAAUGUUUCCCUCCUUCUGUGAAAUUCAAGAGAGAUGAGAGAUCUCACCCGUAAUCUCCUCACCCUUCCAUUCACUGAUUAGAGAAAACACUGUGUUUAUAGAUGUAUAAAGAUAUAUUUUUUGGAAGCCUCUAUUUUUCAGACUUGGUUUUCUCACUGCUAAGAAAAGGAUGAUAAUAAUGUAAUUUUAUUUUAAUCUGCUGCCUCAGAAAACGGUGCAUGAAACUCCCUCUUUUUCUCCCCAUAAAAACAAAACAGAUCUAAGCACCCUAGAGAUGUCAUGUAAAAGCUGACCCCAGCAGAUACCUGCCAAUGGCAUCACGCCUGCUUUGGGCCCUGAGCUGCUCACGGCUUCCCCAGUAACCCACUAGCUGAAGAUUUAGACCGUAUGCAAAUCUUGAACACUAACAAAAUCUUCUGAUUCUAUUGUUUUUUUAACACACAGCUAAUCACCUUCCAAUGAUGUAGCUGGGUGUUUGUCAGCUCCUUUUAAAGGCACUUUCCCCCCCGUAUGUCCUUUUUUAAGUUACAGUUCUAGGUGUAACUACUCUUUCUGUCCCAGGGAGAGUCCAUCAGCUGGCAUUGAGGAUCACAAGGUCCCAGGGCUGGUGGGGACCUACUGUUGAUAUUUUUUUCCUUAUGAAAGGGACAGAAACGAUUAUUUGUGUUUUUUUUCUUCGUUUUUUUUAAUGCAGUCAUGGUAUUUGAGAUUCGAGCUUGUGCGAGUUAAGCCCAGUGUAUUUCGUUGUAAUCACACUGCCGUUGUCAGCAGCCGGAUGGUAUCUCUCUCGCUCACACACACAAACAUAUCCCUCCUUCCUGCACAAAGAACUGCAUAUAUUCUUGCCAAAGAUAUCCUUAAAAACGCACUUUUCCCCACAUAUAUAUAUAUAUUUUUUCGUGUGUAAAUUUGUUGUACGUGCCCUUUUUGUGUUGGUUUGUUCUUUGGAGAAGCCCCUUCUUAUUCAUCCUUCUUUUGCUGUCGAUGCUGCUGUUUGUUGGGAAAUGCUCUUGAGGGGUGGGGUGUGUCAUUUGCUACCUGUCCCAAAUUGUAGUGCUCAAAAUGUGCAAAAUGUGGGCUUCCUUUUCAGCAUGUGGGUUUCCCAUUCAGUGGUGCUGCCUUGGGCUCCCUCCUGGGAGAUAUUCUGAGGGAUGAUCCAUGUCAUCAUUGCCAGUGGAGAUUGUGGGCUUAUGGGUUUAAGCACAUAAAUUGAGUGAAGUCUGGGGUUGCUCUGGAUGCAACAUUAGCUGGCUGCCCCCUGGUCAAACCACACACGGAAAACAAACCAGGUAGGGAGAAAAACCCAAUGCAGCCUCCAGGCAUCGAUUUUCCAGUGAGUUCAACUGCCUGAACCGAAGUGCAAAGUAAAUCCCCACCCAGCAGGUCGGGCAGGUAAAGAAACCAGUUGCCCCAAAAACCCCAGACAGCAGCAUCAACAAAAGGCAGCUCUUCCCGUUGGAGCAGGCAGGAGGAUCAGACAGCAAAGGAGCCCGCAGGGGCUUGUUUCAUUUCGUUCGUUUGUUUUGCAAAUUGCGAGGUUGGUUUGGGGUUACUCUUUUUUUUUUUUUUUAAAUUAUUUUUUAUUUUCCUUAAAAAGGAAAAAAAAAAAAAAAAGGAAAAAGAAAAAAGGAAGCAACCCCUCAUUUCUGUUGGCAGUUCCUGUACCGCCGUGUUAUGUGUGGGGUUUUUUUUGUUGUUGUCUUUGUUAUUUCGGGAACGUUACAGAUUUAUUUGCUAAUCAGUGUUAAUGAACAGUUUCAAACUUUUAGACUUUCCCAUUUCUGUGUAUUUAUAUAGAUGGAAAGAAAAAAACCCCAUGUUAUAUUUUGUAUCUUUGUGCCCAUAAUGUUGUUGCAUGUGUAAGGAUGACUUUGGUCGCACCCUGUCCGUGUGUGAAUGUGACUCCGCUGUUGUCUUCCCAUUGUACAGAUGUCAGAUUCUUUGCAGUUCAUUGUAUGGCUUUAUAAAGUAAAAACAACAAAAAAAGAAAUCAGUUAUAUAAAAUACACUGUUGCUUGGAAAGCCA